UUUUGGGGUGAACUGUCCCUUUAAGGUUUUUGUUGCAUCUAGUUGCUAAUGGCCUUGCAUUUGAAAAAAAUUUGAUGUAUUCAAUAUACAAGGGGAAAAAAAUAUUCUGCUAGGGUACUUUCAGAAUAAUAUUUAUCUUUUGGUACUUUUUGUGACUCAGUUGCCAUUACAAAGAUAAUUUGAGUAGCUGUUUCAAGACCCAUCAUAUGAGAUUUUUAUUUAUUUAUUUUUUAUCAAUGCUCACACACAUGAUUUAAGCAUUGAAAAUAUCAACUUGAGAUUGGGUCAGAAACUUGUUCCUUCGGUCUGCAGUGGCUGGUUAAAGCAUACACUCACUGAGCACUUUAUUAGGAACACCUCUAUACCUAUUUAUUAAUGCGAUUAUCUAAUCCGCAAUCAUGUGUUAGCAGUACAAUGCAUAAUAUCAUUCAGAUACGGGUCAGAAGCUUCAGUUAAUGUUCACAUCAACUAUCAGAAAGGGGUAAUUUAUUUUGACUCUGACUUAAUUGUUGAUGCCAGACAGGCUGGUUUACGUAUUUCUGUAACUGCUGUUCUCCUGGGAUUUUCAUGCACAACAGUCUCUAGCGUUUACUCAGAAUGGUGCCAAAAACAUCCAGUGAGCGGCAGUUCUGUGGAUGGAACGCCUUGCUAAUGAGAGAGGUCAACGGAGAAUGGCAAGAGUGGUUUAAGCUGAAAGAAAGGCUACGGUAACUCAGAUAACCACUCUGUACAACUGUAGAGAGCAGAAUAGCAUGUCGAAACUUGAGGUGGAUGGGCUACAACAGCAGAAGACCAUGCCAGGCACUUUAUUAGGACUAUUGUGUUCCUAAUAAAGGGCUCAGUUAGUGUGUAAGAACAGAGAGGGAAUGCUUCAGUUAGAAUGAUUGUUUGUACAUUUGUUAUCCUUUAGCCUAUUUUUAUUGCCAUAAAACUUGUCUGAUCCAUCCAGCAGCCCCCCUUUAAACCUGGACAUGCUGUGAUUUUGUUGUUGUGUGAAGAAUCUUAGGUGAAAUUUAGUUUUUCACUUAUGAAUACUAUAACUGUCUUUGUUAAUUGUUGAAAGUAUAUUCAUCUUUUUUAAUAAUCCAGUCCUACAUUAGCUUAUUACUAAACCAUACCAAGGUGACUCCAUGUGUCCUAAGGAAAACUAAAGUGAUUUUCAUAACAGUUUCGAAAUGCUUGUAAACUUGUGACAUAGCUCAAAAGCUUCCUUUUUCUCUCUAAAGGGCCCUAAACCCCACGCCCCUUCAAGGUGAAGUCAAAACUUUGUGCUCCUCAUUUUCAUGCAAGAUGAUAUCUUUGUUACAGAGUUUGACGUUUCUGUCUUACUGCGCUCACUCUUUAAUUUUCUUCAGUGAUGUUGGGCUUGAAGUAUACUCUGGUUAAUCUGUUGUUUCUUAUCAUCAACUCUGUAACAGCACAUGGGGAUGUUAUUUAUAUCCGCAGAGUAAGAAAUUCAUCUGUUGACUUUUCCUGUGAAUCAGCAAAGAAAGAAGAAAACCUGUUUGCUUUUUCACUGAAACGCAAGUUGCUUCAGCCCAAACCAGUGCUGUAUCUUUCUAAAGGCUUAUCAGAGAUCAUCAAUGAAUCUGUGGACAAAGGUCGCAUCACUGUCAGUGAGUUGGAUAACCAUACAGUCCAUCUAAGAAUCUCAAACCUUCAAGGAUGGGAUACAGACGUGUAUUACUGUGAAUUCCACUAUGGUGAUCUUCCAUUUGUUAAAAAUAUUCCUGGCACAAUGGAGUUCUUUAUCUAUGUUGAAGACUUGUCUCGUGAGCCUUGCAGUUGUUCAGGGUACCUGUUACUGCUGUAUGUGAUCUCAGCAGCUGCAUGUCUGCUGGCUGUUCUGGUGGUCACCCUCAUCACAGCUUAUUGUUGUAAAUUGCCUAAGAGUAGAAAACCACAACCCGUCGUUCCUGUUUAUGAGGAGAUGGCUGGGGUGAGGCCAGCCAAAGGAAAAGCCACCAGCCGACACCUGGUUAUCUCAAAACAGGAGGUGGCAAAUGGCUCAGUGUCGACCUUACUCAGCAAGGAAAACCUCUAUGUGAAGUCUGAUUCUAUGAAAUGAAGUGAAUAAGGUUGUCACACUGAACUCACUCUUCUUGGGCUUUACUCAUGAUGUGACCUCUGCUGACCCACUGGGCGUUACUAAAUCAUCGCUGGCAGUUUUAACAGUUGAAUGUUAGAAUAAAAAUUGUCUUUUCAUCUCUCGAGUUUUAUACCUCCAUAUUAAAGUUACUCUUAAGACAUUUUUAUUACAACAAAACAGAAUUAUGUCAGCAAUUAUGUCUGAAUUUUUGUCUGUGGCACAUCACAGUAAUUUCUAGGUAGUCAAAAAUUUUGAUAAGACAUGGAUACAAAAGGAAUAAUUUAUUUAGGUGAUAAUGAAAAAAAAAAAUUAUGUCAUCUUUACUCACAUAUGUUGUUCCCAAGCCAUAUUACUUUAUUUCUUCUGUGGAUCACUAAAGAUGCUAGGCUAAAUAUUAGCUACAGUAACCAUUCACUUUCAUAGCAUCUUUCCGCACAUUGAAAAAAUGUGACUGAGGCUAAUAUUUUGCAGAACAUUUCCGGUGUUCUAUAGAAUAAAGAAAAUCAUACAGUAUGGUACAGUACAGUAAAUCUUUAUUUUUGGGUGAACUAUACCAUUUAAUUUCCCUUGUCUGUCUGCAUGUUCUCAGUGUAAAAAUGUGUGGUUUUACAAAAUACACUGUUGCAAGAUCUGUUUAUUGAAAAGUUUGUAAUUGAUGGAAACUGACAAGGGAAAAAGCCUGUUCAUAUCAUUCAAAAAUACUUUUCUUUUAUUGAGACUUUAUGUAUCACACUGAAGCAUGCAAACUGAGCCCAGAAGAUUCAGUGUUUUUACACUUUACACAGACAAAAGCUGCAGCGUCCAGCUUUCACUUGGUUAUGGUUAAAAAAUUUGUUUUUACGAUAAACAUUCCAUCUCACAGUGUGAGAUAAAAAUGUAUGAAUAAGCAAAACAAGUGUAUUUUUUUAGGUGUUUAACGAUUUGACCAGAUAUGAAUGCUGUUUUCAUUUACAUCACAUCAAAUAAAUAUGCUAUCUCAUUAUUUACAUAUUA